AUGCAGAGGAGGAGCAAGAAGAGAAUAAUGAUGAAGCAAUGCAACGAGAGCACAACGCAGACGCAGUUGAUGGACCUCCCAUUGGAGAUCCUCUUUGACAUCCUUUUGAGGCUGCCCACAAGAUCACUGUUUUCUUUGCUUUGUGUCUCCAAGACCUUGCGUAGCUUAGUUGACUGCCCAUCUUUUGCUCACAAGCAUUCAGAGUAUAUUGCUACGUCCAAUUAUGAAGAUUUAGACCCGCCUCAUGUUUUGGUUCUUACCAACUCCCAAUUAAUCACCUUGCAAGCUCUAAAUCCAUUGUCCCCCAUUAACGAAUUUGCCUUUGACAUUUCCAACUCCAUUGGAAACGGAUUCAAUCUAGAGUUCGAGUUUGUUUCGUACGGCUUGCUUUUGUUUAAGGUGAAAGAGGCAAAUCAUGAACUCCUCCUAGUCAAUCCUCUCCGGGGAGAAGUUCUAAAGCUCCCACCACCGCUGCCACACUGCGGCUAUGAAUUGUAUGCUAUGGGAUACGAUGUCAUGACUAGCACCCACAAGAUUGUUCGUCUUUUUGGACCCCACGGCGACCAGGACCACAUGGUGGCCCAAAUUUAUGUCCUGGGCACAAGCUCCUCAUCGUCAUGGAGACAAAUAUCCUCGGUUCCUCCACUACCUUGUUGUCUAAGCAGCCAAGCCAGUGUGUCUGCAUAUGGAAACAUGCACUGGCUAGUUUAUGUUCUCUCUUCUGAUCUUGAAUUGAGAAUACUUUCUUUUGACUUCAAAAGGGAAGAGUUCGAAUGGACUCCUCAUACCAACUUUCCAGACUUCGACGAACGUAUUGAUCUUCACCUGAUUAAUUUUAGAGGACGUCUCUCCAUUGUUGAUGUUUCUGCAAUUUCACCACCUCAAAAAAGUGACCAUGACCAAAUUGAGAUAUGGGUGAUGAAAAGUUACAAAAACUUUACGUGGGAAAAAAAGUACGCCGUAAAAAUCGUCCUUGAUCCUUGUUGCAUGAAACCAUGGGAGACUCCUCCUCAUUUCCUUGGUGUUGGGCCUGGUUCUGUAGUGGUGGCUUCAGAGCCGUACAAGUUGGAUCAUCUUAAUUUAGAAUCUUCUUCCAACAGACGUUGCGCUAGCUUGGCUUUAGGCUGUUUUUGGGUCCCUGUUCCAAUGGUUCAAUUCACUAUCAAAAAUGCUUAUGAGCUUCAGAUGCAGGAUUGUUCACCUCAUCCACAGGUGGUUCCUACUUAUAAACCGUCUUCAUAA